UCUUUCGAUUUUCCGGGAAAGGAAGAGAGGCAACUGGGCAGCCCGUCUCCUCCUCCUCCUCCUCCUCCUCCCUGGCGAUGGAUUAGACGGGGAAGGAAGGAAGGAAGGAGGGCAGGCAGGCAGGCAGGCAGGCAGCGCUGUGUGGGCUGGGAGCAGGCCGGGCUCUCGCUGGCUGUCUCUGGCUGAGGCUCCCUUGUCACCGCCUGCGUCAGAGCCCAGGAGUUUUCCACUGACGAAAAAGGGCAGCGCAGCAGCUGAGCCUGGAGGAGGCGGUGCCGCAGCAGCACAGCCGUUCAGUUCAGCGCCAGGCACGGGCGAGCCAGCCAGUCUCUCCGCAGCCUCCAGUCUCGACGACGAGGCAAGCCUGAGCGGCGGCGCCUCCCGCUCCUCUUUUUUUCCCUCCGAGCAGAGCCUCCUUUCUCCGGAGCCGGCUUUCCUUCUCCUCCUCGUCCUCCGCCGGCAACAAGCAGCGGCUGCCGUCCAAGGAGCCCACAGCGGCGCCGUUAUAUGAAAACCUCUCGCUAACCAUGACGGGGGUGUUAAAAAGAAAAUACGAUGAACUGGAAGACGACGCCCCCUAUUCCUCCUCCUCUUCCUGCUCCCCUUUCUCCUCGGCGUCUUCAGCUUCUUCAGGCUGGGAGUCAGACGAAGAGAACUCGCGGGGAGGAGGCAUCAAGCCCAGCUUGGCCCUGAACUCCGAUUUCACCCCAACAUCCAUCCUGAAGAAAAGCAAGCGGUUAAAGCGGAACAAUGUGGAGUUCGACCGGGUCACUGUCUUCUACUUCCAGCGCUGCCAGGGAUUCACCAGCGUGCCUAGCCGCGGGGGCUGCACCCUCGGCAUGGUCAACAAGCAUGGCUUCUCCCGGGAGUUCACUCUGGCCGAGUUCUCCAAGGAGCAGGUGACAGUCCGACGGGAGAAGCUCAAGGAGAGAUUGAAAGAGGAGAAAUUGGAAGCCCUGAAGUGGAAGCUAACCAUGAACGGUACGAAAGAGUCGGAGGAGGCCAGCCAGCUGACCACGGACGACAUCUCGGACGACAACGUGGACGCCAGCGGUGCAGAGCUGGAAGAUGGCUUCUUCCUGCAGCCGUACCCGGCCAAAAAGAGGCGGGCUCUGCUCAAGGCCAUGGGUGUCAAGAAGAUCGACAAGGAGGAGAAGCGAGACCUUCACAGCAUCCGCCUCUCCCGGGAAGACUGCGGCUGUGACUGCCAGGAGUUCUGCGACCCGGAGACGUGCAGCUGCAGCUUGGCGGGUAUUAAAUGUCAGAUGGAUCACACGUCAUUUCCUUGUGGCUGCACGAAAGAUGGCUGCGGGAACGCAGAAGGCAGGAUCGAGUUCAACCAGGCCCGGGUGCAGACACACUUCAUUCACACCAUCAUGAAGCUGGAACUGGAAAAGAACCAGGCAAGCAACGAGAGAAGCCUGGAGCCCGAGCCAUUCUUCAGGGACCAGCUCCACCCGUUCGGGUGCCCGGUGAGCAAGGCGGCAUUUGAGGAAAGGACUGUGCCCCUGACGCCCGCCUUUCAGUUCAACACUGACUUGGAGACCAUCGGUGAGAACAGCUGCAGCAGCGACAUGACUGACUCCUCAGUGUCAUCCAAUCGGAGUGAGGACUCGGAGGAGCCGUACGAGGCUGCCCCGUCCGAGAAGGUGCAGUCGGACGUGGACGACGAUGGCUUGGCCCGCAUCCUCCAUUUCAACGACUCCGACGCGGAAGACGACAGCAGUGCCGCCAGCGACUGCCAGGAUAACUUGAGCUCCUUCCAUCCGACCGGCUUCUUCAGUAUGGAUGUGGAAAACCAGUGCACUACCCACGCUGCCGACAAGCUUUCCACCGUCAGCUCUUUAAGCCAUUUGUCCAACAUCACGGAAUGUUUGGACGAGAAUGCCAAUCAGGAGGCGAGCGGUUUUCUCGAGGAAGCCUCCCCCGGGGUGGCACAAGGUGGGGGGAUCUCUUUCUGUGCACCAUCUUCCUCCUCCUCCUCGGCGGAUCAGGGCUCUAGGAGCUACAUGGAUCUGAGCCUCUCCUCGGACUCUCUGGAUUUCUUCCAGUCCUUUUCGGACUAUAAUCUGGGACCCCUUUAUAACUCCUUGAAGGAGUAUGAGAACUUGGACAACUUUUCCGCUUUGCAGUUCCAGCUGCCGAAUUUCCCCACCCUGCCCCAGCCUGGGGAUCACAGCACCUGCUUUCUAGAGUCCCUGAUUGGUUUGUCAGAAUCUGUCCCAGAAACCCCCGUACCUUUUACAGACAAUCAGCUUCUAGAAGAUGCCAUUAAGUCAUCAUUAAUGGAGACAGUGAAAGUUUAGUUGUUUUUUGAAAGGGGGGAAGUGAGGAGGGGAAACGUAAAAACCCAUUGUGCAUAAACACCCUUUCCUGGAAGGAGACGCUUCGUAAUAUUUUGUUCUUUUUCAGACACUUUGGAGGGGGGGAAAAGGACAAACCAAAACUCUGCAGCUGCAAUCAGCUUUCUUACUGUUUGUGCAAAACUCUUGGCCUUUUCACGGCGUUUGGGAGAGAGGGGGAGCAGGAAGGGAAGGCAACUUUUGCUGAACACAAUUUACCUGCAUUUUGUGUUCGCAGGGAAGGGGGGGGGAGAGGAAGAAGAGAAAAGACCUCGCGUGAAGUAUGUUGAUCAUCCACCAAGCACCUUCUGUGAACAUUUUCAAAUGUUGGCAGACAAUUUUCUCAAACUGCUUUGGGAAGUAUAAAUAUAUAUAAGUAUAUUUAUUGUGAAAACUAAUUUGCUCAAGAGUUGGCUCUUGCUUAAAUGGGAAAACGUUUACAGGAAGAAGACCCAUACACCAUUAUGUACAUCAUUCCCCUGCCCUCUAUUUAUGGGAAACCUCUACAGGUUUAAGUAGCCACCGAAGCUUAAACUGAGCAUCAAAUCUUAUUUAAAUUAGACAUACCUCAGAUGUAUUAUGUGUACAAUCAUAAUUUUUGCAUAAUAUAUCUGUAUUUAUUUAUUUCAUCUUCAUGCCUGAGUAGCACUGUGGUUUAUCAAAGACCUGAACGUGACGUGGGCUUUUAGCAGCCUAACCCUUUUUAGGUCUCUGGGCAGAACAAACGCUGAGAAGGCUUUGAUGUUCAAGGUGGUUAAAUGCCAGCUUUCUGUCUCUUUUUGCUUAAGCCCCAUAUCUACACUACAAACUUAAAAUCCAGGUUCACUCUCCUGGGUUCCUAAAGGGAACGCUGAGAAUUUUGUCAUCUUAGGAGGGAGUUGAAAGGGCUCACUGAGAGAUUCUCCAGCUCCCUUCUUAAAUCAGGGAUGGUGAACCUGUGGCCCUCUGGAUGUUGCCAGACUGCAAUUCCCAUCAUCCCUGACCGUGCUGGUUUAAGGCUGAUGGGAUUUGGAGUCUAACAGCAUCUGAAGGUUUCCCAUCUCUUCUUUAGUGGACCACAGAGGUUAUUUGGAGGGUGGCUAUGAAAUCUGUUCCAAACCAGUUUAGCUUUGCACACAGUUCCAUGGUCAAGUUUUCUUCGCAAUGGUAGCUUUGUGUGAUGCUCUGCAGGUGCAAGGCAGUAAGAGCGCCUGCUACUGUUAAUGGAGUGGUGGUGUGGCCCUGGAGCUGCCACAGCCGAAGAGGCCUCUCAGUCAUGCACCUGUGGCACAGAACAGCAUUUGAGCCUUGGAAUUUCAGAGUGUGCUGCACAUUGAAUGCUGCAGUGGGGCAUCACUGCACUGCUAUGUCUGCAGGACUCAGGAGUUAUAUCAUAAAGGGGCAGGUUCUGUGUUUCUAUUACUAUUUUAAAAAAAGGAAUCCCGAUUUCUACAAUUCCAUUCUUUUCAUCGGAUGUCCAUGACUCUGUGAUGUCCAUGACUCUGCUGUGGACAAGUAAGAAGACCCUAAACUAUUUUAAAAGAGAGAGAGAGAAAUAGUAUGAACUAUUUAAAGAAGAGAAAAAGGUUAGAUUGUGUUGUAAAUUAUUUUUUUAAUUUAUUUAAUUUCCUUAAGGAUUUGGCCAUGAGAUCUUUUAUAGAACUGAUCUGAUCUAUUAUGGUGCCUAUUGUACAGAAGAACCGGUUUUUGGAGCUGCUAGGGUUGCAAUUGAGAGGACAGUUUUAGCCUUUGGAAUGGGAAGAGCAAAAACUCUAAAAACUAAACAAACGAACCCGCAAAACACUGUGCUUUAUAAGCAUCCGGGUGCUUUUUGGAUGUCUUUGGGAGCAUUAAUGUUCAACAUGAAGCCAGCCACUGUGAGCCGUGGCACAGCCUGCCCAUAGUCCUGUCCAUAGUGGGAAGGUAUAAACAUCCUGACAAAUCGUGUGCCCUUUGGCGCAGUGUCCUCUCCUAGUAAAUGAGAUGCCCCUAGCCAAGAUUAUUUUCAAGUGAGCUAGAGUCCCAUUUACUAGAACAGGGCAAGGAAGGAGUUUUACGUAGGUGAGGGGCAGCCGUCUUUGCAAACUUCUGAAAGGCACCAUAGGUUUUAAGUGUUCCUUAUUACUUGGAAGCGGAAAAGGGAUUUUAAAAAAAAUUGGUCAAACCAGUAUAUUUAUAUGUAAGUAAUUUAAAAGGGAAAUGAAGGUAUUGCAAUCUUUUUUUUAAUUUCAUCAUAUCCUUGAAAUGCCAACACACACACACACACACACAACAACAAACCCUAAACCCUACCUGUGAACCCAACCAAUUUGCAGGGCUUACCUUCUUUUUAAAAGAGGAUCUAGUGGUAGCAUUUAGAAUAGAAAAGAAUGAGCAAGGCUAGGCAGCAGCUUCACUGAUGUGAUGGUCGUUCUUUUCCUUUGCUGCCUUUGGCUGGUAUUUCUUACAGAUUGCACCCAGUUUGUGGCCUGGUGUCUUGCUUAGCUGUAGCUGCAGGCGGCUGCUGAUGUGGUCUCCCCUCCACCACUAAAGCCUGAAGACGGUACUCUUUGGAUUAGAUAUGUCGGCCCAUUGGUUGGUCAGCUGAAAUGUGCAUUGUGUGGUGGGGGGCGGGCAGGUGAGUGGCACCUCAGGCUACCACAGCAAUGCCCAGUAUGCACCAGAUACAGACUGUGGUUGGCCUACAUGCAACCUGUGAACUGUAAAUUGUUCAUCCGGCUACAAGAGCCUUUAAGGCAGAUACUUGGAUACUUAAAUCAGACUGCAAACAUAAAACACUACGGAUGAUAUCCAGCUAAGUCAGAGUAAGCCCAUUGAAAUCCAUGCACUUGAUCUACUUGUCUAUUGAUUUCAGUGGGUCUCCCAUAAUGUGGCCGUAACAUUAAAUUGGAUGUAUAAUUUGUAUUUUACAGGGACGCAAGUGCCUCCACCAGCAGUACCAAUGAGCGUUGGUCUAGCUUGUUCAGAGAUUAUCAUAUAAAUCCAGCAACUUUUAAAACAAAUUGAUGAAGUUAUAUGAUCCUGUAACAGAGCAAUAGCCAAACCAGAGAGUCAGUGGACAGGUCUUUGUUGUAGUUGGUAGACACAGGGUUGUAUUCAAUGCUGGUCAUACUCAGUAGACCUGUUGAAACUAAUGGAUGCAACUUACUUGCUCCAUGAAUUUCAGUAGGCUUGCUCUGAGUAGGACUUAGUUGAUUAUAACCCAUUGAGUCGGAUUGGUGGGUUCAUGCCCAAACAUCUGAACAUUUGAAGUUUAAGUUGUGCCUUUGAUAAUCCUAAUGGUAAGGCUGCUGUGAUUGCUGCCUCAGAGACUGGAUGGCCCACUUGGUAAAUUAAGGGGUUGUGACCAAGAAUCCCCCUUGAAAUACUACUCUCCAAAGGAGAGAGGCUGCAUCUAUUAGCGAACACAGAAAUAACAGUUUUUUCUCUGAAAAAUAAUAAUUUGGCCUGAUUACCAUCUCCUACACUAGAAUUCCCUGAGGCAAGAAAAGUUGAUAUUUUGGAUUUUAUUGGUGAACGUGAUGGUUGGACGUAGCCCUCCAGUGCAGUUGGCAGUUGUGGUCUUAGGUGCUGUUAACAUGGCUGUGCUUCAUUAAUGGAAAUAACUGGCAUUCUUGCCUCUCCCAAGACUAGAAGACCUGCACUUUGACUCUAGGCUCAGUGGAGGCUGGUGGAUCUGUUGUCAGUGGGGCGGUGGAUCCACUCCAGGUUUUAGUCCAGACUUUCAAAGAGCUGUCCAAGGUGCUAAAACCUAUUCUCCAAACAGGUUCGACACCUUAGAUAGCUCCCUGAAUGUUCAGACUAAAACCUGGAGCAAAGUCUCUGCCCCCUGACAUCUAAGUCACCAGUCUUUUCUUCACUGCCUCCAGUGAUGUACAAAGCACCCAUAAUUCCAACCUUUGGGUUGGAAAGACUGUGCCCCAUCUGGUCUAUGCAAAGGGUAGUCAAGAGAAAAUGCCUACAGAACAAUGUGGCAUCAGGUGCAAAAGGGUUAUCCCACUGUGAGCAAACUUUAAAAAUGUGUUUAACUUUUUAAAUAUAUAUAUAUACACCAGGGUUUUUUUUAUUUAACUUGUGGGAUUUUUUAAAAAACUCAGCUUGCCUGAAAAAUACUGCUUUAAGACAGGUGUUGUUUUAUUGGUACUGCCUUUUCUAUGGUUGCUUUUUUUUCUUCGGCACUAAAGCAAUGAUUUUUAGAACAUUCCUAUGUUUCUUUGCAUAUAUGUCAUUUUAAAAUGAAUGUUGGGGAGAUUGAGGGGUCAAAACAGCUCUUGCCUUCGUAAUCCCUCUCCCCAUUCUAACUUACUCAUUUUGUUUUUGUUGGUGCCAACCUCUCUUCUCUCACCCCAGGGUGCACUGAUUUGUAAAUAGAUACAUAUCCCCCCCCGCCUUCUGUAUCUUACAUAAAAUGUUGCCUGUCCAGUUUUUCUUAAAAAAAAAAAAAAAAAACCCUGAGAAACAAAACUGGGUAUUUAUUGACACGAUCUGUAAUUAUCUAAUGUAUUGAUUGAAACACUUUGGUUUCAACUGCUUUAUAUUUGCUUUCUGUGUGUGUGUGUGUGUGUGUGUGUGUGUGUGUGUGUGCUUUUGUUGCUGAAAGGUACCAGUUUAAAAUACUUUUAUCCUUACCUGUGCUUCCCCUCCCAAUUUUCAUUUGUAAGUUAAACAAAACAAAAAAAGCAUUCUUUGCCUACAUGCUGCUGUCUCUCAUUUCAUCCAAGCAAUAUGAAGAAAAUUUCAUUACACUUUCAAU